UCGCUGGUGGUGGGCGCGCCGAGUCUGGAUCUGGGUGUGCUUUAGCGUGUCCUCUGCGCUCGCGGCUUUUGGAAACUUGCUGCUUAGACCGCAACAUGACAUUGGAAGAAAUCCGCGGGCAGGAUACAGUUCCGGAAAGCACAGCCAGGAUGCAGGGCGCCGGGAAAGCGUUGCACGAGCUGCUGGUGUCGGCGCAGCGCCAAGGCUGCCUCACCGCCGGCGUCUACGAGUCGGCGAAAGUCCUGAACGUUGACCCUGACAACGUCACUUUCUGCGUGCUGGCCGCCGACGAAGAGGACGAAGGUGACAUUGCGCUGCAGAUCCACUUUACGCUGAUCCAGGCGUUCUGCUGCGAGAACGACAUAGAUAUUGUGCGCGUGGGCGACGUGCAGCGGCUGGCGGCGAUCGUGGGUACUGGCGACGAGGCAGGCACGCCAGGCGACCUGCACUGCAUCCUCAUUUCGAACCCCAAUGAGGACGCGUGGAAGGACCCUGCGUUGGAGAAGCUCAGCCUGUUUUGCGAGGAAAGCCGCAGCGUCAACGACUGGGUGCCCAAUAUCACCCUUCCCGAGUGACAGCCCGGCGGGGAUCUUGGUCUGAUCGACGUGGUGACGCCCCGGGGCGCCUAGAGCACUGCUGGCUCUGUGGAGUGGCCGGCCCUAGGAGGGCGCCCUAGUGCGGCGUGGAGAACUGGCAGGCGAGGGUGCCUGGAGAGCGAGGAGCGCGGUCUCCGGAAGAGGUGGCUGGCGGCGGCAGGGGCAGGCUGGCCCGAGCCGAGGACUCUGCAAGUGUCUGUAGCGGCUGCUCGCCCGCCCAGGAAGGCCGGCCGAGGCGGGGACGCUGGCUCCAGGGCCGGGAAGGACGGACUGGCCCGGCAUGCGUGACUCAGCAGCCUGUGCUCGGCACCAAAGAGGGCAAGGCGAGAAGAGGUGGCCUGGACUUGGUACAGCUGUGGGAGCGUGAUGGACUUAGCAGGCUGCACUGCUUUUUUCAAAAUGGAUUCGGGCAAUGAUGCAUUUUCUUAAAAAAAGGACGCUGCCGUUGAAGCUUUGAAUUUUAGCAAUAAACUUCUUGAAACAAA